UCUCGCAGAAGGAGAUCGCCUAGGAAGGCCGACAGGAUGGCUAGACGACUGCCGAACGGCAGACCGGCAGGCACAUCCGGCGGAUCUAUCAAUCGCCAACGCAGUACGGGGUCGGUGGCGAAGCAGCCGUACGACCCGAGGUUGUAUGCGCACUUCCCUUCUCACGAGAUUCCUCUGUCGUCGUCGGAUGACGAGGGGGGGGAAGCCAGGUCGCCUACUUUGCCGUUGGGAAGCGGUUCUACCCAGGACUGGGUGGCGACGCAAUCGUGCGGCGGCAGGGGGGUGGAGACGCCGUGGUCUUACACGUCACUUCUGAACGAGGGGUUGUGCGAUGACGACGGCGAUGCAGCGGUCCAUCUGAGCUUUCAUCUGUCGAGCAGUAGCGGAGCAGCCGCAACGCACAGGGUGGGGAUUGUGCGGAAAACACGCAAGGCGAUGUCUGAGGCCCACGAGACGGCAAUCUGCCUCAAUCGGUUCACGACGGUGGAGGUGAUCGUAAUAACUCGUCGCCGAGCGUCGGUGGAGGAUUCGGUGCGCGUAUGGGCAGAAUGCAGGCAGGAGUUGCAUCGAGGUGAAAUGGAGACGAUCACCAGAGGGGUGCAACGGCUGCACGUCGACGAAGUGGAAGACGCGGCUGUUGAUGAGGGGCAGGGGUGUGGCGACGUGGACGGCGAGGACGGUUGCAAGUCUGACGAUUUACCAGACAUCAGGCCGCUUGGGAGGAGGGCGACAAGAGGCGGAUCCGGUGCGAAGAAGGGCCCCGCCAUGAAACCGAGACAGAUGAAGAACAUGGAUGACGAUGGCGAGGGCGGCCGGAAUUUCUGGUCUGUGGGAGAUACGGCCGCGCUCGUGAGGGCGAAAAGGGAUCAAGAUCUCUAUAUCGCCGGCCUGGGGACUAGUUUCACCCACAUGAAAACGGCUGUGUGGAAGUGGGAGGACGUGCGGGUGAGGUUGCAGGCGAUGGGAGUGACGAGGGAUGCCGUCGACUGCGGGAGGAAAUGGGACAACUUGAUGCAGCAAUUCAAGAAGGUGCACAAGUUUCAGAACCUCUCCGGCGGGAAGGACUACUUCAGGCUUGCUUUGAGGGAGAGGCGAUCGGAGGGCUUCAGCUUCGUCAUGGACCGGAGCGAGUACGACGAAAUGGUGGCCAUGACGAAGGGGGAUCGCACGAUCCACCCGGCAAAUUUGGCGGACACUGGGGCGGCGGGGGGGGUUCAAAUGCCCGCAGGCGCGGGGGGGGAUGGGGGCACCAUGGGCGCCGAUGGUGGAGGGGAGACGACAGACGAGGAACAGGAAUCGACGAAAGACUCGUCGUUCAGCGCGGGAAGCGGCGGCGGUUAUGGGAAGAGGAAGAACAUGCGGCAACAAACCUUUGAAGCCGUCGCCGAUGUCAUGGAGAAGCACGGUGCGCUCAUGGCGAGCACAAUGGACAGCGCCAGCAAGCGGCAGUGCUCUGUGAUGUCGCGGUAGUACGAAAUCCUGGAGAGCGAGGUGGAAGUGCAGAGGAAACACUAUGCAGCGGCGGAUGAGGCGAAUAAAAUGAUGUGCAACGC